CGAUGAACGUUGCACCGGUGUACAGCAACCCCUGACAGAAGCACAGAGGAUGCAUCAUAGCUACUAUUUUACUCUGGAAACCAACUUCACUAUCUUAUUUUGGUGCUGAUUUGUUUAAAACAAAAAAAAAUAAUAAUAGAAUUGGGAGUUUGGAAGAGUCGAUAGGAUAUAUAUUCUCUACAUUUUGCCUGGUCCCGUUGUUGAGCGGAUCCAAGCCUACGGCAAGACAAGCCAACAGACAACGUUGUUGUGUGAUGAACGCGCCCUUGUCUUGAACCUGGGGCCUCUUUGAAACUGUCACGCGGAUCAACGCCUUGUGGAUGGGAUGCUUUUCACGGUCUUAUGUCCAACAGUCUGGGGAAUGACUGGGAUAAGAGGCAGAUCUCUGAAGAAACCCAGUCUGGUUAACCCAUGCCUGUGUAGAAUGAACAUCUAGAACAAGCCUGCCUAGCCGCCAUAGCCGGUCGCUGUUUCCAGGUCUUGUGGAUUGGGCCAUAUGCGACCCCCCCCCCAUGCCCUCAGGUCAUCCUGUCAUCACUCUAUCCAGAUUGAGCCACCCUGGAACUGAAGACAUGUGUUAUUGUUUCUGGGGACUGCAAUGAGUGUGACACGGAUCUACCUUGAAGACUUCCCAAAGAGAGAGAUCUGUCCUUCUGGGCUACUGACUGACUGACUGACUGUGCGUCUGUGUGACAGACUCUGAGUAUCUGAGGUGUGUGACCUCCACCAGCAACCAUGCCCAUCCUAAAGCAGCUGGUAUCUGGUUCGUCCCAGACCAAACAGCGCCGCUCCCGGAUGGACCUGACCCGGGAGAUGAUCAGCGCUCCCCUGGGGGACUUCCGCCACACCAUGCACGUGGGUCGCAGCGGGGACGCCUUCGGGGACACCUCUUUCCUCUCCACCCACUCCGGGGAGGCCCCCCACCAGGCCGAACCCCAGGCCCAGGCCCAUCCCCACUCCCCCCGCCCGGGGCUUUUAUCCAGAACCUUCCGCAGCAGCAAACGCUCCCAGUCCGUCACCAGAGUGGACCAGAGAGACUGCUCGCUAGCGCCACCAGGUGGCUCGCCCACCUUCGUAAAGAACGCCAUGUCUCUCCCCUUCCUCAAUGAUGAAAACGGUGACCAUGUUGAUGGAGGACACAGGGUGCCGAAGAGCCUCUCGUCCAGCCCACUGAAACAACUGAAUGAGCAGGAUGGAGGUGGAGGUACCAGGCCGUCUAAUGGGGCCGCUGCUGGGGCCCGAUCUCUAGAGCUGGAUGAGAGGAGCUUUGGGGAGCUGACUGACCUGCCAAGCCCCAGCCGCGGGUACUACGGAGGGGGGAUGAAGCACGCGGUGUCGGUCAUGUCGUUCCACAUCGACCUGGGGCCCUCCAUGUUGGGGGACAUCCUGGGGGUGAUGGAGAAGGAGGAUGAUGAUCUGGGAUACGAGGAGGGGAAGAGCAGUGAGGGACGGGCCUCUCCUACACUACUCCUGGGGAGGGAGGUGGGAGGAGAGGAGGAGGGAGAAGAAGAGGAACCGGAAGCUGAGCUACUGCAGCUGCAGGAGGAGGCGGUCCCUGUACCUGUGAGUCCAACCAGCUCUGUAGAACCUGAGGUGGGAGAGGACGAGGGUGCACCCUACACCCCAGAGUACACCCCAGAGCCCCGCCCUAAACACCUGCAGCACCGAUUAGAUACCUGUUCUGUGUCCAGCUCCACCUCUGGCUCCGCCCACGUGGAGCAGGAGAAACCAGCCGGACAGCUCCACGGGGGAGAUACGAACAGCGCCACUUUCAGCGCACCACCUGAGGAAGAGGAGCUGGGAAAGUUUUCUUCCUUCUUGGAGGACGAGGAUGAUGAGAUCCGUGUAUGAAACGAGACGUACAAGCUCAAACCAUAUAUGGAGCGGAUGAGUGUGGAUUAAUACAGAUGGAUAGAUUCUAUACUGAGUGGAUAUGGAUGAGUACAGAUGGAUAGAUUCUAUACUGAGUGGAUAUGGAUGAGUACAGAUGGAUAGAUUCUAUACUGAGUGGAUAUGGAUGAGUACAGAUGGAUAUGGAUGAGUACAGAUGGAUUGACUCUAUACUGAAUGGAUAUGGAUGAGUACAGAUGGAUAGAUUCAGUACUGUAUAAAGUCAACUCUAUAAAGCCCCACAUCACAACAGAGACGUAUAGACUGGAUGGCUUACAUGGGGCUGUGGACGACGUGUUGAGUUGAUACAGGAAUGAAUGAAUUACUACUGUGGAUGAAACUACUCUAUAAAGGCCCAUAUUAUGACAGAGAUGUACAGUCUAUACUGGGUGGAUAUGGAUCACAGUGCAGUAGCAGUACCUCCUCUGGUAGUGUGGAUGAUGUGUUGAUACAACAACAAACUAAUAUUGUGGAUGAAACUGUACUCUGUCUAGUCUGGAUAGAAGGGUUGUAGUACAGCACCUCCUCUGUCUAGUCUGGAUAGAAGGGUUGUAGUACAGCACCUCCUCUGUCUAGUCUGGAUAGAAGGGUUGUAGUACAGCAGCACCUCUGUCUAGUCUGGAUAGAAUGGUUGUAGUACAGCACCUCCUCUGUCUAGUCUGGAUAGAAGGGUUGUAGUACAGCACCUCCUCUGUCUAGUCUGGAUAGAAGGGUUGAAUUAAACAGAAGAAGAAACUGCUCCCUCUGUCCUUCCUGUGAGAAUACAAACAUCUGGACUUAGUCCUGUGGACUGGGAUCUGUAGACAUGGGAUCUGUAGACAUGGGAUCUGUAGACAUGGGAUCUGUAGACAUGGGAUCUGUAGACGUGGGAUCUGUGGACUGGGAUCAGGGAGAAAGGGGAAGACAGUCUGUAGGACACUGGCUCCUUCUGGAUGAAUAGAAACUCCAUCUGUUACAUACAGAACAGCUUGCUAACUUCUCCCUCACACACACACCGCAUUACAGCUACUCUCUGUCUGUCUGUACACUGAGAGAACUCACAUGGAAGAGCAGUCCAAGUGUGUGAACUCGUGAAUUUAGGAGAGACCCUUAAGAAAAGAACAUGUUGAUAAACAUGACUUUAUUAAGCCUCUGUCCAGUGCUAUUCAUUCCCUUUACUUGUGUCAUAAUAAUAAUAAGGGCUUUUCUUCCUUGAUAAUCUGUGCCAUUUCAUAUGAUGUAGCUCCUCUCUUGUUCUGUGCUCCUCUCUGCCUGGUAAGUGGAACUGUGUUGGUGUAAUCAAGUAGUCUGGCCGGAACAGAGAGCUACUGUUACCGCGGUGAUGGGGACCUGGCUGCCUGUCUGUCACAAUAAAAGGCUUGUGUUGUGUGUAUCA